AUCUUCUAGUAUUUUUUAUGAGUUAGUUUUGUUAAGCUUUAAUAUCGAUGAAGAGUUAAAUGUUGGAAAUUUCAUCAAAACAUAAAAAUUUAUGUAGAAUUUGACAAUGUGAAGAACUUAACAUCAUAAACGUUAUUCUGAUUCAUUUUAAACAUUUUAAUCGUAUCACAUGCUGUGAUUGCUUGCGUGGCAGAUUUUGUUUAAUAAUGAAUUUAAAAAAUAGUACUACCAACCCAUCUAGAAUGGAAGUGGGAAGCCCUCACGCCUAAUUAUAACAGUAGAUAUCAGAAAAUCUUCUAUUUUUAUUAACAAAAAGUGGGGGAGAUGAAAAUUAUUUAUACCAAUAAAUAAAGAAAUGUGUCAAAUUAAUUAUUGUUGGAGGUGGGCGAUGAAUGGAUGAAAAGCCACUUUCAAUUCCUUCCAGAAACCUAAUCAAUCAAAUCCCAUCAUUAUAACUUCCUUUUCGAUUGUUCAAUUUUAGUUCAGUUAGGGCAAUGACUCGACAACCAUGGGAUAUUAAGGCUCAACUGCUCAUCCAAAGCCACUCUUAAUUAAAUCUUAAUUAAUUCUGAGUGGGAAAGAUUAACCAUGAAAGCUAGACAUUUUUUCUUUUCAAUUUUUUUUUCGUGAGUGUGGAAGGUAAUGUAUUCUGGAAAAUCUAGGUGGGAGAUGGAUUUUUCAGUUCAGUAUUUUCGGUAUUUCAGAAUUUAUUGAUCGCGUCAGAUUACUUGGUUACAUAGAUGAUGGAUCUAAAUUUUCAGGCCUAUAAAUUCUUAUAGAUGGAUAUCUGAUACUCACACAUUAACGAGUUCAAUUCAUCUGAUCUGAACUAAAAAUUAAAAUACAUAGGCUAAAUUUACGAAUGUUUAGACAUCACAUUCUAUAUGUGUAUAAAAACAUCAAACAAUCGAGUAACCUAAUGGACAAAACAUUAAGAAAAUGACAAAUACCUUUUCAGUCAUCCGCCAUGCUAAUCACCGGGGGGGAAAAAAGAGUUUGUAAAGUGACGAAUUCAACGCAAAAUAGUACCAUGUCUCUAUGGGACUUGUUCCAUCAUUUGGAAAAGGAAGAAUAUGUACCCCUUGGCACUUAGACCCCAACAUCAACAAAUGAAAUUAAUCACAAAUCUGAAAAAGAUGACCUUUUUUCUGCAUUAUAUUAUAUUAUAUAGAGUAUUAAUGGAAGUUGCAUUAUCAAUCUUCCUUCCCCUCCCCAACCUGAAAAAAGGAACACUUAAUUAGCAGCACAGCAGCCCCAUUUAAAUUUAAGUACCCUCUUUAUCUUUUCCUAUAACAAACCAACUGAAGAGAGAAAAACUCUUCUUUUUAAACACACACUCACAAACCAAACUUCUGACACUCUUCUUCUUCUUCUUCUUCUUCUCAUAAGUACUCCUUGAGAGAAGAAGCUGCUGUCUCUUUUCUUCUGCUUGAUUCUACAAUGGGUUUCUAUCCUCCAGAAACUCCACCUUCUCCUCAUCUGUACCCACAAGAACUUCAGCUGAAACUGUACCAGGCUUUCAUAUUCUCAAUCCCAAUUCUGUUCACCAUCAUUCUGGUUCUCUUGUUCUAUCUUUUCUACCUCAAGAGGAGAGCUUCAACACUUUCAUCCUCCCUUCCAACCACCAAUUCUUCCAAUCAAGCUGCUGCUGCUGCUGGUUCCCAUUUGUCUGCUGUUUGUCAGGUUGGCCUGAAAGAAAAGCUGAGUGAGAAGCUCCAAGUUGUAUUGUUUGAUGAAGAGUUGAGAUCAAAGGAAUCACAGUGUUGUGUGUGCUUGGGAGACUUCGAGAUGAAAGAAGAGCUGCUCCAAAUCUCAUCUUGUAGACAUGUGUUCCACAUGGAUUGCAUCCGUCACUGGCUCCUCAACAACUCAACCUGUCCGCUAUGUAGAUGUUUUGUCAUCCCGACAAACGCCGUCAAGCUCAAUAACGUUCCAAUUCAAUCUAGUGGCGGCGACAUGCCUCAUGCAGCGAUGGUGCAACAGCAUAACACGGUGAGAUAUGAACAUCAAGUGAACAUUAGUACGCAUGCAGAGCGACGUCAGCUGCAAGAAGAAGAACAUGUCGCUGCGAGUCCAUUGGAACAUAGUUCGAUACACAUUGUCGAAGGGUCUUCUAGCUCACAGUGACAUUUCUUGAUUUGAGUUACCAUUUCUUUUUUCUUUUACUUCUUCCUCAUUGAUUCUAACUUCAUUUUGGUAAAAGAGAGGGGAUUCUUCCUCAAAAAAAGAGGGAAAGAAAGCUAGGGAAAUCAAAGAAGCUAGCUAGAGAAAUCAACGGGAGCUAGCUAGCUUGUCUUGUUCUUGAGUCUAGUACAAAUAAAAACACGUGAGGCAUAUAACACCUUGAUUAUCACAAGGGGAAAAAGGUUACAUUUGCAUAUUGAAUUACGAUUAACAACAGAGUGUUAUCGGAAUUGAAUCAGUUGCAUGUUAUAUCUCAUUUAUUCGUUUGGAAUAUAUAUCGAUAUUUUGUUUCGACUACACAAGAAGGGGAAAAAAAUCAUUUCGCCGUUUAUUUAGCAAGCACAUAAUCAACACCCUCUAAUAUCCAGAAUACAUAUUUUUCGACAUU